GUCUCCAUGGAUACAGGAAUAAACAGAUGAUAACAAGCCCUCAGCCUUUAAAGCCCAUUUCAGAAGGGAGUAACGAGAGAGAGAGAGAGUGAGAGAGAGAGAGAGAACGGGACAGAAGUUGUGCAGACCAAGGAGCGUGUGUGCGUGUGUGGAUUGCCACCAGCUGGAAGUCAGUAGCAAAGAAUAACCAACAUGGCAGAAAGUACAGAAAUGGAUGAGCUUCUGAGAGCCUUUAAGAAGUUUGCUGUUCAUGGUGACACCAAAGCCACUGGAAAAGAGAUGAAUGGGAAAAACUGGGCUAAACUGUGCAAAGAUUGCAAAGUUAUUGACAGCAAGAAUGUCACCGGCACUGAUGUAGAUAUUGUCUUCACAAAAGUCAAAGCGAAGACAUCUCGGGUCAUAACAUAUGAGGAGUUCCAGAAAGCUCUAGAAGAACUGGCCCCAAAGAGAUUCAAAAAUCAAAGCAAAGAAGAGGCACUGCAGUCUAUAUAUAAGCUAAUCGAGGGAAAAGAACCCACCAACGUUGGUGUUACGAAAGUGGCAAAAACUGGGGCUGUGGAUCGGUUAACUGACACAACUAAAUAUACAGGCUCCCACAAGGAGCGCUUUGAUGACAGCGGGAAAGGCAAAGGAAAAGGUGGGCGGGAGGAGAUUGUGGAGCACACAGGUUAUGUAGGUGCCUACAAGAAUGCUGGGACUUAUGACGAGAAGACAAAGGAGAAGUAAGGCCCCACUGUCUCCACGUCAGCAAGCUCUGAGCUUCAUCUUCAUCAGCACUUAGGUCUGGACCAAAGCCAAACUUGAACUUUAACCUGUAAAAUCACACAGCCACUAUGCAGUGUAACACAGGAUGUGUUGUAAAUGUCUGUCUUUAAGGAUUAAAAAACAGUACUACAGUCGGUUUUCAUGAGAAAGUUGACAGAAGGGUAAGAGAAGACUGGUCUCAAUCCUUUCAUGCAGAUACCAGUCCCUGCUAUAUGUAGGAUUUCAGGUGAAAAUCUCAAAAGAGGACGCAUAAAGACAGCUCUUUGGUUGGGAAAACAGAUAAGUAGUGUAUUUGUUUCAGUUUUUAUGUUGCUGUUUAAUAGCUAGGAGCAUCUAAACAUCACAGUGCUUCAGAGAGGGACAAGUGGAACACAGGGAACCCUUUAAGAGAAUUAUUUCCUCCAACAUGUGUAGAUAGAUUCACUAAUGGAUUCGCUGUCAAUAAAAUGUAACAACUUUCAUUACUAAGACUUAAAUGUCAUUCUCCAAAGGAUAAUGUUAAACCAGCUUUAUGUGUGUGUUAGCUAUACUCUUCUGUUAUUAUUACCAAAAAUACAUUGUUAUAUCUUUAAGUUAGCUUACUGUGUUACUGAAACUGGAAACUGCCUUUGUAUAAACUAUUACUAAAUAA